AUGUUAAUGACGUUACAAGACACGUACAAGGAUGUAACAUUAGCAACACGCUUUCUAACGAUGUUAUCCUGUGAAGAACUAGCAAUAAUGAGAAAUUUACCCGCUCUUGUGUCAGAUUUGGAUAGUAUGGAUAUUAUUGAUCACCUUACUGCUACUACUCCUCCAUUAAUCACUCCUACUGAUUAUGAAUCAAUUAUAGCGACUUCCCAAAGAGAGGGCAGAAGAGCAGGAGUAAGAUGUUUAAUUGCUUGUUUACUACGUCGAUCGGAAAUCAAAAAAGUAUUCGGAUCUUUUCUAAAUAUAUUAAAAGAAGAUUACGGCCACUUGUUUGAUUUGUUAGACAAAACAUACGAGAGCUUAAAAAAUAAAAAUAACGAUGAAUCUGAUUUUGGUGCACUAAGCAAAAUUUCCUUUUGUUCUAGUAUCGUUUUGGAGACAGAAAAUCCACUAACCGUAACUACCCCUUGUCAAUCGAUCUCCAAAGACGUUGAUCAUUCGAAGGUGUUUUUAAAAGGGCUUGGAGUUUCUGAGAAUGAUAUCAUAUUCAACAUUAUUUCAACUAUAUGCUCACAUCCAAUUGCUGUUAUGAAUUGGAAAAAUCUUUAA